AUGAAGAUUGUGUGGGUGAUGCUGAUCUGUCUGGCUGGAGGGCAGGUUGCAAGUGCCACACUCUGCAACACCCAUGGCAACAUUCCAGGCAUCCCUGGAUCACCAGGACAGCCCGGCAGCAACGGCAGAGAUGGGGAAAAUGGCCUAAAAGGUGAUCAAGGUCGCCCUGGCCAGGUGGAGCAUGAAGAAGACAUCGGGGAGAAGGGAGACCCAGGAGCACCCGGGUACCCUGGGAAGAUUGGCCCCAGGGGGAUUCCGGGUUCAAGGGGAAUACCAGGUCUCAUGGGACCCCCUGGCCCUCAGGGGGACCCUGGUGACUACAAAACCACCCUUAAGUCUGCCUUCUCCGCUGCCAGGACCAUCAGCUCCUACCCACGCCGGGACCAGCCCAUACGCUUUGACCGCAUCAUCACCAAUGAGAAGGGCCACUAUGAGAACCGGUAUGGCCGGUUCAUCUGCCAGGUCCCAGGCAUCUACUACUUCACCUACCAUGUCACCUCCAGGGGCAACCUGUGCCUCAGUGUAAAGAAGGGCCAGGGUGGCAGCAGGGGUGAGAAGGUGGUGACCUUCUGCGACUACGUGCACAAUAGCUACCAGGUCACCACGGGUGGUGUGGUCCUCAAGAUGGCAGCAAGCGAGUCUGUCUGGCUGGAGCCGACGGACAAGAACUCCGUGGUGGGAAUUGAAGGGUCUGACAGCAUCUUCUCUGGCUUCCUAAUCUUCCCUGAGGCUUAG